AUGGCUUUCUCAGAUACGGUGCGGGAGCACCUGUCAUCAGAGGCUGCGACUUGGCUCCUGGCCCUGGGCUGUUGCUCCUCACUGGAUGUGGCUUAUAUGUGGGCUGAUGGUGGAGCGCUCUAUUCUGACUAUGCUUCGACCUGCCCGCAGGAUUUCGCGGGGGCAUGUCAGCUGGUUGCGUUCUGGAGUCGUUGCCACCGGCUGUCAAGCAUCGAUGUGGCCACCUGUUCCAGUGAGGUGCAGCUAUGCAGGCGGAGCAUCCUGCCUUUUGGACCGCGGACGCUGCAAGGCCAUGAGCCUCUUCUUCAGGCACGGCCUAAGGGAGCGGCUCGAGCUCUGGUACCGUGGAGAGUGUCUUCGCAGCCUGUUGCCACGACCAUAGCUCAGAGGGAUCGACCGUUGCGGCCCUCCGACAGCUUGCGCAAGAAGUGUGUGGCGCUCUUCGUGGUGCUCUACCAGUAUAUCUUGGACGCAGCAGAGAUUGGUUUUCCGGUCCUGAAUUUGAGUGACGCAGACGAGGUCUGGCGGGCCACUCAGUUAGUGCUGGGUGGUGCCAUGCGGCUGUCUGAAGGACACAUAGCAACCAUAACUGCUGGUUUGAAACGAUGGAUUCGUUUCGCCGUUGCGCACAGUGUUGAUAUCAGGCGUCCCCAUGCCCGCGACUUGGCCUCCUUUCUUCAGGAGGUUAGCAAGGGCGGGCCUACUGCUGCAGCCUCCCUUUGGCAGAUGUUUCGCUGGCUUCGCUCUAACGUCGGAGCCGAGUUCGAUGUCGAGCAUUUCUUAGUGCGUCCUUUCAGGCUGCAUGCCCCUGGACAUGUCCAGCAACAACGGGAUGAGUUAGAGCCUUGGGAGUUUGCAAACAUGUUGAUCUGUGCUGCUGAAUUGACAGGUUGCCCUCGAACCCUAGCAGCCCCUUGCCUUGUGUCUGCGGCUUCGUGCAUUCGCUUCCGGCAUAUGCAGAGAUCAGUCUUCUUUCGUGAUCAUGGUGCUUGGCUGGAGUUCCGGUGCGCCAUGGGUAAGAGCCGAAGGCAGGGCGUCCGGCCCCCGUACCACUGGGCCCUCCCGCAGCUGGUCUUCGAAGGUUUCGACUUGCUGGCAGAGAUCUGUUCCGUGGUGGUCCGUCAGAGCAAAGCGGGGGCCGAUUUUCUUUGGCCUCGGCCAGUGCUGACACCGGAAGAGCUGUGGCAGGUCGUGGAGCUUACACCGCUGGAUGUGGGGCGCCAGCUGAGCCCUUCGAGAUUCAUGGAGUUCUUCAGGGGUCUCCUUUCGCGGUGUGGCCUCCCCGCGGAAGAGGUGGCCAGAGCAGGCUACAACCGUCUUAGGCGUUUUUUGCCUACGGGUGGUUCUACGCUGGGUCUUGAUGAGAUUUCCAUGCAAGCUAUCGGCUCCUGGACAGAGCCGGCGCAGGCGCAGCAGGGUGCCAAGCGCCAGAAGCUCAUGUCCACGCAUUAUGCAGGAAAUAAGCUUGACAAUAGCCUGCAGGCUAAGCAGCAAGUGCUUCAGGCAGUGGUCAGGGCCAUCCGUCGAAUGCAAGGCCAUAGGAAGGGAUCGCCGCAGCUUUUCCCUUCCCAGUCAUUGCUCUGGUCGCAUGUUACGGCCCCCUCUCUUUCUGCACCGAGGGGGCAUGCCCCCAAAAAGGACAGCGCGGCAACUUCGGAGAUCUCUUCCUCGCAGAGCUCUUCCAGCUCGUCUGGCGAGGCUGAGGAUUUGAGUUCUUCGGGGGAGGAGGUGCUUCCCGUAGCCGAUGUGGAUGACUGGGCCUGGUUCCAGCAGAGGGCGAAGUUCCACGUUGUGCAGUGCAGGGAUGAUGGUGAGCGCCUUGUACCGUUCUGCCGAAAAGCUGCUUUCCCGCAGGACCCUACGCGCACAGGCUCUGGCUUGCCGCCUAUGGAGGGCGCUGUUUGCCAACGUUGCCUCCGUAGUGUGCCUAAGCUCUUGAAAGCCCGGCUCCUCGAGUCGCGGGGCCUAUGA